CUUGAAGAUUUAUAUCCAUACUAUAGUAAAAUUGAUACAAUAUAUAGGCAAAAACAAAAUGUUAAACCAAUCUAUCUUAAAAACUUUGGUUUAAAUAAUCAAAAUUAUAAUGAGGAUAUAUUAAGCAAAAACAAAGAUAAUAUUGAUAAUAUUCAAAAUUUAACAAAUAAUUUGUUUGAUAAUAGUGAUAUGAAUAAAGAAGACAAAUUGAAAAAUA